CUCUGAGUCCCUCAACUGAAUUCGACUUUUGUUUUUAUUUCUCUCUUGCUUCCUCUUCUACCCUCUCAUUGAUGGAUGUGCGAAGGCUAAUGCCUCUGCCAGAGCGCGAGGAAUAAAUAGAUGCUGCCUCGCCCAGAGGCUUAGACGCUUGGGAAGAGCAGCCAGCGCAGCUAAGCACCCGGGCUCCGCCAAGCUCGUGGACUGGACCGGGAGGACUUGAGUCCAAGCGAACUGAUUGUCCCGAGGGACAGCUCCCAGGUCGUUGUGCUCGCCUCGGGAGCACAGGAGACCACCGAACGCGCCUCUCGCGUCCCCCGCCCUAACCCAUCUUGCCAGGACCAUGCUCUGCAGAGGCCAGGAACGAAUGCUGUUGCUAUGGGCCGGGCUGCCAGUCCUGGCUGUGCUCUGCCUGCUCCAGGUGCCCGGAGCCCAGGCAGCAGCCUGUGAGCCUGUCCGCAUCCCCCUGUGCAAGUCCCUGCCUUGGAAUAUGACCAAGAUGCCCAACCACCUGCACCACAGCACUCAGGCGAACGCCAUCCUGGCCAUCGAACAGUUCGAAGGUCUGCUGGACACCCACUGCAGCCCCGAUCUUCUCUUCUUCCUCUGCGCCAUGUACGCACCAAUCUGCACCAUCGACUUCCAGCACGAGCCCAUCAAGCCCUGCAAAUCCGUGUGUGAGCGCGCCAGAGAGGGGUGCGAGCCCAUCCUCAACAAGUACCGGCACUCGUGGCCAGAGAGCUUGGUCUGCGAUGAGCUGCCGGUGUACGACCGUGGCGUGUGCAUCUCUCCCGAGGCCAUAGUCACCGCGGAUGGAGCCGAUUUUCCUAUGGAUUCUAGUACUGGGCACUGCAGAGAGGCCACCAGUGAGCGCUGCGAAUGUAAGCCUGUCAGAGCUACACAGAAGACCUACUUCCGGAACAACUACAACUAUGUCAUCCGGGCUAGAGUUAAAGAGGUAAAGAGCAAGUGUCAUGACGUGACUGCUGUCCUGGAGGUGAAGGAGGUUCUGAAGGCGUCGCUGGUAAACAUUCCAAGGGACACGGUGAGCCUUCACACCACCUCUGGCUGCCUCUGCCCACCACUGCAUGUGAACGAGGAAUAUAUCAUCAUGGGCUAUGAAGAUGAAGAACGCUCUAGGUUACUCCUGGUGGAAGGCUCUAUAGCGGAGAAGUGGAAGGAUCGGCUCGGUAAGAAAGUCAAGCGCUGGGAUAUGAAACUCCGCCAUCUUGGACCUGGCAAAACUGAUGCUAGUGAUUCUACUCAGAAACAGAAGUCUGGCAGGAGCCCUAACACCCGGCCAGCACGCAGCUAAGUCCUGAAAUG